AAGAAAACCCUAAACAAAAACCCUCUUCCCCCCACUCCACACUCUCUCUCUUUCUCUCACUCGUCUUUCAAACUCUACGAACCUCGGAUCUAGCUCUGGCUUUUCGAGAUCUGAUUUCAGUGCGCAAGUAUGUCGAUAAAGGUGUUGAAUCCGAACGCGGAGGUGCUGAACAAGUCUCACGCACUUCACAUGAACAUCAACGCUGCAAAGGGUCUCCAGGAUGUGCUCAAAACUAAUCUCGGCCCUAAGGGAACUAUUAAAAUGCUUGUUGGUGGAGCUGGUGAUAUUAAACUCACAAAGGAUGGGAACAUACUUCUGAAAGAGAUGCAAAUUCAAAGUCCAACAGCAAUAAUGAUUGCUCGUACUGCUGUUGCUCAAGAUGAUACAAGUGGAGAUGGUACUACUUCUACAGUCAUCUUUAUUGGUGAGCUCAUGAAGCAAUCGGAGCGUUACAUAGAUGAAGGAAUGCAUCCACGAGUUCUAGUAGAUGGAUUUGAAAUAGCUAAAAGAGCAACACUCGUGUUUCUUGAAAAAUUCAAGACCCUUGUAGUGAUGGGAGAUGAACCUGAUAAAGAGAUAUUGAAGAUGGUGGCAAGAACAACCUUAAGGACAAAGCUAUACGAGGCACUGGCAGAUCAACUAACUGAAAUUGUUGUAAAUGGUGUGCUCUGCAUCCGCAAGCCUGAGGAACCUAUUGAUCUUUUUAUGGUUGAGAUAAUGCACAUGCGCCACAAGUUUGAUGUAGACACUCGUCUGAUUGAGGGUCUUGUUCUUGACCAUGGUUCAAGGCAUCCUGAUAUGAAACGUCGAGCAGAGAAUUGUCACAUCUUGACUUGUAACGUAUCCCUAGAGUAUGAAAAGAGUGAAAUAAAUGCAGGAUUUUUUUACUCAAGUGCCGAACAAAGAGAAUCUAUGGUUGCCGCAGAAAGACGAUCUGUUGAUGAAAGAAUCCAGAAGAUUAUUGAUUUGAAGGACAAGGUCUGUGCUGGUAAUGAGGACAAUUUCGUUAUCAUUAAUCAGAAAGGAAUUGAUCCUCCAUCACUGGAUAUUCUUGCUCGAGCAGGCAUAAUUGCCCUUCGAAGGGCAAAGAGGAGAAACAUGGAGAGAUUGGUUUUGGCUUGUGGCGGGGAGGCAGUAAAUUCUGUUGAUGACCUAACCCCCGAGUGCCUUGGUUGGGCUGGAUUGGUCUAUGAGCAUGUACUUGGAGAAGAGAAGUAUACGUUUGUGGAGAAUGUAAAGAAUCCCCACUCGUGUACAAUCCUUAUUAAAGGACCCAAUGAUCACACAAUUGCUCAGAUUAAGGAUGCUAUUCGUGAUGGUUUGAGGGCAGUGAAAAAUACUAUUGAAGAUGAAUCUGUUGUACUGGGUGCAGGGGCUUUUGAGGUGGCAGCCAGACAAUACCUGGUUAAUGAAGUGAAGAAAACAGUAAAAGGGCGUGCUCAACUCGGUGUGGAAGCCUUUGCGGAUGCACUGCUCGCGAUUCCAAAGAUCCUUGCUGAAAAUUCAGGCCUCGACACUCAGGAUGCCAUUAUCGAACUCACGGGAGAACACGACAAGGGAAAUGUGGUUGGACUCAAUAUUAACACUGGUGAGCCUAUUGACCCUAGAAUGGAGGGUAUCUUCGACAACUACUCGGUCAAGCGUCAGAUCAUAAACUCGGGCCCUGUGAUUGCAUCACAGCUUCUACUUGUGGACGAAGUUAUUCGUGCUGGUCGUAACAUGAGGAAACCUACUUAGUUUCGCCAAUCCUUCACCUUUGCACUUGCGCUCUUAGUUUUUAUUUCGUGGUUUUCGGAAAAAAAAAAAAAAAAAAACUGUAAUUUUGGUGAUUUGCUUUUGCUUUGUUAUAUUAUUGCGCCCGGCAAAUUUUGAUUAAGGAAAUAUUCGGUAGUUAGAAUUUGUGACUGAAUAUAUAUUCGAUCUGUAUUAUCAAUUUAGUUAUGUCUCGAAUCCUGGGCUCAGUUGUUUGGAACCAAAUUUCAACAAAUUUUUGCAUGUCUAUUUAUGACUAUUUUGAAAUGAACUUUA